GUACAUUUUGGCGCACACACCCCAAAGCGCUACAUUCCGCAAUCUGGUAGCUCAUUCUUUUAGGCCUGUUAUUUUCACAAGUGAUUCUAUCUGCUUUUAAUCCCUACUUUAUCUGCUUGGACAUAGGAAUUAGUCAUUUGUGAUAUUUGGUGGGAUUGGGUAAUUGUUGAAAAAUAGUUGGCAAUGUGCUGUUUAAUCAUUUUCAGAUCACGGUUACUAAAUGGCGUGAAAAGAACUAUGGACGCCAUUGUUGUUUUGUGUCAUUUCUGUGAACAACAUGGUCCAUCAGUAAUAAUGUGUACCCAGUCAUUUAAACAAUCACAAUCAAAUUUAUCUGUAAAUAAUGUACCCGAUGUUACUACUGCCAACGCUAAUAAUAGUAACAAAGAUGUAAACACAUAUCAAAGAAAAUUAUCUAAUCAUGCUCUACAAAGUAGCGAUGAUGCAAUUUUUACUGGGAUAGAUGUUUCGCCUAUCCCUUUACCAUCUUCAUCAUCGAGAUUCUCAGUGAUGUCAUCAAACAUUACUCAACAGCAACAACAAUCACAUCCAGCUUGUAAAGCAUGCUCAUCUAUCUUGUUACGUGAUGAACUAGGAAUAAUUAGCUAUGAUUAUUCUGCCAAUCUUUCAUAUAUUUCUACGCAGUUUCCAAAAGACACGGAUUUAAGUACACAUGUUCGAAAUGCAUGCUUGCGAAGUCUUUCUAGUGAGGUUUGUCCAGGUCAAGUCGGUGCAUUUUACUUUGGUGAUGAAAUAAAUGGUCAUGUUUUAAGUUAUAAUUUCCCUUUGAAUGAUUCACGUGCGCGUGGUAAUCAAAGUCGUUUCAGUAUUUUGGUGUUAUCAUGGGAUAAGAUAUACCUACUAAAUAUAUGGUCAUUUUUGAUAUCGAAUAUAUCACGUAUGGUUUCUCGUCUACGUCUAGCAGCCAAUCGUGUAUACAGUGAUGAGACUUCAGAUAAUACAACUGCUGCUGUUGUCAAUACAAUGACUCAUUCAAAUCCACAGAAGCCGAUAGCUCCAUUGAGAAGAUGUGCUACACCUCCAGCUUCGUUAGCUCCUAAUCUUUACAAACAGGCUAUUGCAGCAGGUAAUGCUGUUACGGCAGGAUAUGGUUUAUACAGUAAUGCAACAUUAGGAAGAGAAACAAAACAGAAAAGAGCUACCGACUCAGAUAUGCGUUCACUGGCUGAUUUAACAAAAGAUGAUCAAAUAUUCUAUCGUCUACAUGCUUGGUUCACAUGGUUACUUCGUGCCGGUGGUCGUCGAUGGAGUAUAGUUCCUCCUGCUAUUGCGCCUCCAGUUGAUGAAGAUUCAAUUGUAUCUCAGGAAGAAUAUGAAGCUUAUAUUUCAGCUGGUCUUGAAUGUUUAACAACAUCUAGUUCAAGAAAUGCUGCUGCCGCUGCCAAUGCUAACACUUUUAAUUUGCCUGGUCAUAAACUUGGUCAUAGUAUGAGUUGUAUUAGUCAGUCAAGUGGUUCUACAAUAUUAUCAAAAUCGAUAAAUCAUUCAACAACCAAUAGUACAAGAGAUUCGAUUGAAACAGAUAAUAACAAAAAAUUAUCGCUAUAUUUAAACAAUAUGUCAGUAGAAAUGGCGAAUUCCACGUCUUUCAUGAUCUUGUCCAGACUAUUUACUGUACUUGGUGUCAAUCCAUUUAGUCGAUUAGUUCAGCAUAUAGCUGUUGGAAAUCAGUUGGUUGUACAAUCAUUAACCGAAGAUAUACACUCUACACUGACAUUGUCUGCAUUAGCUAAACUAUUACCUAAAGGAUGUAUUAGACAGGUAAUAGCAAGUCAUGAAUAUGUGGCACCAUUUCGUUGUAAUCUUUUAAGUUUAACAAGUAAUUUAUUAAUGUUAGAAGAAGAUGUAAAUAUGGCUAAAGAUGUUCUUUAUUUAGCUGUUUAUCGUUGUGAAUGUAAAUCAUCAUCGUCGUCAUCAUCUUCAUUAAAUGAAACAACAAUAAUCUCUAAUGAAAGUAGUGAAGAAUCUUUUCUACAAUCAUAUGUCAAUUCUUUAAAUUUUAAAUUCUGUUCAACAAUUCCAUCAUUUGAUUCAGAAUUAAUUUUAUAUAAAAAAUCAUUACCUUGUCGUCAUUACUCGACUACUACUACUACUACCACUACUACUACUACUACUACUACUACUACUAAUAAUAAUAAUAAUAAUAAUAAUAAUAAUCAUCCAUUCAUUACUACAAUUCCUCGUCAAUUUCUAACUAAUAAUAAUGGACGUAUUACAAUAUCAAAUUAUGUACAACAAAUUAUUAAAUUAUUUUAUAUGAAUCCACCAUUAUCAAUGGAUGUUUAUACAAUUGCUUUAUCUACAAUACAACAUGAAUGGAUAAAUCGUGCACGUUUAUUAUAUUCAUUUAAACGUUGUCAAGGAUCAUCUUUGAGCGGUGAGGAAGCAACUCGUCGUUGGACUAAUGUACUCGCUUCAAUCAAUUGUCAAUCAGCGGAAAAUGCAGCUGUGGCAAGAUUUUGGCAAGGUGCUUUAAGUCAAUACUCUCGUAAUAAUAUAUGUCACUUACGUAAAUGUCCAACCGCUACCAAUUCAACGAAUACAUCAAGACGUGGUUCAUUUAGCUCGAGUAAUGCCGAUUUAAAUGCUGCUGUUUUAGCAGCUGCGACAAAUUAUCAAUCGGUUCCAUUAAAUGAUUAAUUAUCUGUAUUGCUUUCAUUUUUCUUUCAUUUUUUUCUUAUCUUUGUUCUUUUAUAUUUUGUAAAUUUUUGUUUACUUGUGUUUUUUUGUUUCUUUUGUUGUGAUUGUUAAUUCGUUUCAAUUUCUCUUCAAUAUCAUCAUUAUUCAAACGUGAAAUUGUAGGUCAGAUUCUCUUGUUCCUUUACAUCAUCACCAUCAUCAUCACAAUUAUUACUCUGUAAAUAAGUUAUCUAUCUAGUUUUCUUACUCCGGUAUAAUCCAUAAUAAUAAUAAUCAUGAUGAUGAUGAUGGUGCUGUUGCUUAUUCGCUUAAUGAGAUAAAAUGUUUAUUUACUGUUGGUUCACUAAACCAACUAAUUGUACCGGUGUAUAUACAUCUUUAUAUAUCACGCUUUACGAAGUGAAAAUAUCACUUUCUUACCAAUCUGUCAUUGUACUAGAAAUAUUCCCCAUAUAACUUACAUAUGAUCAAUCUGACUAAUAGUGAUCGCUUAUAUUUGUAUUAUCAAUAUUACUGUAUAUAAUUCACUAUGUUAUUGAUGGAUUAGCUGUGAUCAUCAUUUUGGUGAUCAUUAUAAAAAGCAAAUGUUAUACUUAAUCUUCUUUUAUUUGGCUUCAUAUAUAUAUAUAUAUGAGUUAUUAUUGAUUCAUGUAUUUUUGUUUGAUAACAACAACUUUACCAGUGUAUAUUUCAUUCUUCUAUAGGUACCAUGAUGAGAUAGAUGUGUGAUUUCAAUAUAUAAAACAUCAUCAUUUUUAUCUUAUUUUGAAGCCUUCAAAUAUAAUUUCAAGAUUAUGUGGUUUUGAUUGUCCGUCAAAUUUUAAUCAUUAUUACUAUAUGUACCUUAUUUUUCUGUUGAUAAACUUGGAACAUUUUAUUAAAUUGAAUGUUUGCCAUAUUUAUCACACUUACAUCUAGAUAAUUGCUACUCUAGUCUAGAUAUUAUGUUGUAUAACAACAGUAAAUUGAGAAAAGUAUGCAGUUGACAAGACUAGAA